AUGUCGUACUAUAACAGAUAUAAGAAUAAGAGAAGACAGAAUGGCGGAGGAGGACCAGGUGGUUACAACAACAACAAUAAUAACAAGGGACCUGAUGGUAAUGAUCCAAACACCCUAGGUUUACUAGGGAAUCAGCAAGCAGAUGCUAUUUUUGAUUUAGGGAAGAACAAAAGGGUCACCGUGAGACAAUUUAGGAAUAUUAAUUUAAUUGAUAUUAGAGAAUAUUAUAUGGACAAUUCUUCAGGUGAGAUGCGUCCAGGGAAGAAAGGGAUCUCUUUGACAGAGGAUCUGUAUGAUGAAUUGUUGAAACAUAGAUUAAAUAUCGAUGAUGCGUUAAGAAGGUUUGGCUCUAGGAGACCUAGAACUAAGACAGUUAGAUUACUUUCAGAUGAUGAAGAAGACGAUGAAGAAGAAGACGAUGAUAAGAAAGAAAAUAAAAAAGAUGGGAAGAAUAAAGAUACAAACAAAAAAUCCACUAGUGGUGAUAAUAAAGAUAGUACCAAUUCUACCGGAACAACUGGCGAUGAUGGUAAACCUACAAAGAAGCGGGCUAGAGAGAAGGAUAUGAAAGAAGGUGAAGAAAUUGAAGUUAAAUCUAGAAAACAGAAAGUGGCUCCACCUACUUUAUUAUUGCAUGAAGAAACUAUUGAAAACGCGAAGAGAGAAGCAAAUGCUACUUUAGUGAUUCCAAGUCUCCCUAAAGCACCUGAACCCAAAGUUCAAGAGACUAAAACUCCAGACGUUAAACCUGAAGAACCUGUACCUGAACUAGCAGAAGUACCAGCAGAAGUCCCUGCUCUUGCUCCAACUCCUGCAGCCACUACACCUGCCGAACCACAAGAAAGCAAGGACAACAAUUCCAGCGAUGGUGAGAGUCUGGAAGCAGAGAUGAACAAAAUCUUCGAUGAGGUCAGCGAAGAAGAAUAG